CCACAAUCUGCUUGAUGCAACCAUCCGAAGAAAAAGGGAAUGCCCAUAUUCAUCAUGAGAAACACAUUGAAGACAACAUCGACUCCUCGUCUGAAGCAUCUUCAGACUUCCCUGAAGGCGGCCGUACAGCCAAUUUAGUCCUGCUGGGAAGUUUUCUCUCUCUCCUCGGCGGACUGGGUUAUAUGAACAGUAUUGGCAUCUAUCAGGCAUGGAUAUCAACACACCAACUUCACGAUGUCCACAAAGCCAAAGUCGGCUGGAUCUUUGGCGUGUAUAAUGCCAUGUCCUUCUUCUGCGGUGUUCAAAUCGGUCCUAUCUUCGAUGCUCAAGGGCCUCGAUGGCUUAUGAUUGCAGGGACGCUUCUAUUUAUCCUCAGCUUUGUUCUUCAGAGCUUCUGCCAGGCUUACUGGCAAUUUCUCGUCGUGAUCGGAUUCCUUGCUGGGCUGGCUUCGUCGUUCAUCUUCAUCGUCCCCGUUUCCUGUCUGAGCCAUUAUUUCAAUCGACGACGUGGCACAGCAACUGGAUUGGCCGUAUCUGGUGGUAGUAUUGGAGGCAUCAUCUUCCCCUUGGCUUUCGAGCAUCUUGCCGUCCGCAUUGGCUAUCAGUGGGCUGUCCAGGCAGUCGGUUUGAUCACGGUUGUUCUCCUUGUGGCUGGUUGUAUCCUCCUUCGGCCUCGUCUUCCUCCUACGCCUAUGAAUAUGUCCACAGUGCUCCCUACUAUGACUAUCCUCAACAGUCCGGCAAUUAUUCUAACCGCUGCUUCUGUUUUCUUCAUGGAGUGGGCCUUCUUUGUCGGUCUUGAUUAUCUCUCUUCUUACUCCCUGGCGUAUGGCAUCUCGCGCGGUCUGUCCUACGAUAUGACUGUCUUUCUCAAUGUCGGCUCUUUCUUCGGUCGCUGGAUUCCCGGCAUCGUCGCAGAUCGUUUCGGUCGAUUCAACACGAUGAUCGGGGCGAAUGUUCUCUGUGUCAUUGCCCUAUUGGCAAUAUGGUUACCGGCUGAUGGAAAGGUGGCGGUUGUCGUCGUCUUUGCUGUCGCCUUUGGGUUCGCAAGUGGGAGUACCAUCGGUCUUGCGCCAGUCUGUAUAGGCGAGCUGUGCAAGGUUGAGAAUUACGGACGAACAUAUGCAGUGAUUUAUACGAUUGCCAGUAUUGCGGCGUUGACUGGUGUUCCCAUUGCAGGAGAACUCAUCCAUCAAUGUGAUGGAAAGUAUUGGGGAUUGAUUGUAUUCUCGGGUGUAUCGUAUGCCACUUCUGUCAUUUGUUUAGUGGCUGUCAGAUGGUUGCAGCAAAGGUGAUGAUAUACAGAUGUUAUAUUUUACGAUGUACAUUGAUUACUUUUUUCGGUGUAAAUUGGCAGUCAACCCAGAUUUUACAGGACUUUUGACCAAUUAUUUCUCGUAUGCAG